UUGGUUUGGUUUUUUUCUUGGAGUCUUAAAAAUCAUGUGUGGUCAUUCGUAACUUUAAAAGUAAUACCACCUCUUCGGAACGUCAAACCAGAGCGCAUGCUUGAAAACCCUCCAGUAAGAAUAAACUGUACACUUCUUUUCUAGACGUAACUACCGGAUAAAUUUCUAACGAUGAACAGCAUUGCCAAAAGCCUUUUGAAAUCCGUUAACCGCGGCCGAGCUGCGUGGCUGAGAAGCAGCUCUGCUCACUCCGGAAAACGGCGCCUUCGGGAGCUAGUUCUGGGAAUAGAGACGAGCUGCGAUGACACCGGCGCUGCUGUGGUGGACGGUGCCGGCAACGUUCUGGGAGAAGCGCUGCACUGUCAGAAGGAAGUCCAUUUGCAAGCAGGUGGAAUAAUUCCUGUGGUGGCACAGCAACUUCACAGAGAAAACAUCGAGCAAGUAGUAAAAGAAGCGCUUAGUGUCAGUGGAGUUUCUGUACACGAACUUGCAGCUAUUGCAACUACGGUAAAACCAGGACUUGCACUAAGCCUUGAGGUGGGGCUGCAGUACAGCCUGAACUUGGUGAGCAGGUACCAGAAGCCGUUCAUACCCAUUCAUCACAUGGAGGCUCACGCACUGACCAUCAGACUGACCCAUCACGUGGAAUUUCCCUUCUUAGUUCUUUUACUCUCUGGAGGCCACUGCAUCUUGGCAGUAGCACAAGGAGUUUCAGAUUUCCUUCUGCUCGGACAGUCCAUAGAUAUAGCACCGGGUGACAUGCUGGAUAAGGUAGCAAGAAGACUGUCGUUAAGAAAGCACCCAGAGUGCCACAGCAUGGCUGGGGGGAAGGCGAUAGAGCACUUGGCUCAAACUGGAAACCGGCAACAGCACACGUUCAGACUUCCCAUGCAACAAUAUCGUAACUGUGAUUUUUCUUUCUCUGGACUUCAGAACCUUGUCAAUAAAGCCAUUAUACAAAAAGAAAAAGAAGAAGGUAUUCAAGAAGGUGAGAUCCUAUCCUGUGUUAAGGAUAUUGCUGCUGCUGUACAGCAUGCAGUGGCUGUUCACAUUAUCCAGCGAACCUAUCGAGCCAUGCUGUUCUGCACAAAAAAUAAGAUAUUAUCAUCAAAAAAUGCGACUUUGGUUGUAUCAGGAGGAGUUGCAAGUAAUCAAUAUAUCCGAAAAGGUCUACAGACUUUGGCAGAUGCAAAUCAUUUUGCUUUUCUGUGUCCUCCUCCAAGACUGUGCACCGAUAAUGGUGUUAUGAUUGCAUGGAAUGGCAUUGAAAGGUUACGUGCAGGACUUGGUGUUUUACAUAGUACUGAUGGCAUCCGCUAUGAACCAAAAGCUCCCCUUGGAAUUGAUAUUUCAAAAAGAGUUGAAGAAGAUUCCAUCAAGGUGCCAAAACUAAAAAAGAAGAUACAAUGGUUGGCAUCUUAAAAAGUAACUUAGUAAAGUAAAUGCAGCUGUAAGUUGUUCAAUAAAAACUGUUUCAAUACUGUUACAUUUUCCGACAGUACUUGGUUUACAAGUGUUGAAAAAUAACUUGUCAGAGAAAUAAAUGCUGUGUGGUAUCACCGAAACAAUUCCAGUCUACAAAUGUCUAAGAGUUGUAG